UUUAAAUCUGCACAAGUUACACUCCCUUUGCUGUGCAGUGUGCACAUCUAUUUAUUAUUAUUUUUAGGUUUGUUAUUAAGAACUUAUGCAUUCAACUUUUAUUUUUAAUUUAAAACAGUUGUUAAAAAAAAGAUGCAGAAGAGGAAAUCAAAUGGAAUUACUUCUUAAACUUUGUCUAUCAAACGAGUCGACUAAUUGCAGUGGGAGUCUUUGUUAACUCAAAAAGUCAGUCGUUUACCUCGCACUGUUGUCUAGGUUCCCUGGGUAUUGUGCAUUACAACUACUUAAAUAAUUAUUUUAAAUUGCAGCAGAAAAUAGUGUCUGUUUCGAAGCUUUUGGAAUUGGCAAUUAUUUAAAUUUCUCUGUGGAUUACCUCCAGCAUUUUCGAGGAAAUCAACAGGAUCCGCAGACUGCAUGGGGAGGGUCUGAGUCGAGUGGUUCAGCUAUUGUUUCUGACUUGCCUAGUAUUUGUGCUCUAAAACUACAAGAGCAUGUUUAUACCAACAUGGCUUCAAGUUUUAUUCUAGUGAUACAGUGAUCGAUCCUGGACUUUCGUCUUCAGUGGAAGAGUUAUCUUUAUUAAAAUGGAUGUCACGGUUUCGGAAUUAAUGGGAAGCUUCUUGGAGUGUCCAUUGGUGACUUGGGUCAAAACAUUUGGACCACUGGGAACAGGGGAUGAGGACAAGCUAUCCAUGUACCUGGAUCUGGUGGAUGGAGUCUUCUUAAACACAAUAAUGCUGAAAAUAGACCCCAGUCCUACGAACCAACGAGUUAACAAAAACGUUAACAAUGAUGUCAACCUUCGGAUACAGAACCUUGCUAUUCUCGUCCGGCACAUCAAGAACUACUAUCAGGAGAACCUACAGCAGUUGAUAGUAAUGAACUUGCCCAACGUCCUGACGAUUGGGAAAGAUCCCCUGACAAGUAAGAGCAUGGAAGAAAUUAAGAGGCUGUUGCUGCUCAUUCUGGGAUGUGCUGUACAGUGUGACAGAAAAGAGGAGUUCAUAGAGAAGAUCAAACAGCUGGAUAUAGAGACUCAGGCUGCCAUAGUCACGCAUAUCCAGGAGGUGACCCACAAUCAGGAGAACGUGUUUGACCUGCAGUGGCUGGAGAUGCCUUUCCUGCCUCCAGAGGACCUCGACUCCCUCUCCAGGAACAUGGUCUUCCACCUGCGCAAGCUUAUUGACGAGAGAGACGACUCUUCUGAGGUGAUUGUGGAGCUGACGCAGGAGCGGGAUUACCUGCAGUCUCAGCAGCCCCUCGGCCAGGUGAAGACCUCCAUCCCAGAGACAACUCCUGGCCCCAUCACCCUUCUUUCCAAGGAGGACCGCCAACACCUGGCCGUCGAACUGGCGGACUUCAAGGCCAAGCUCCGCAGGACAAGGCAGGAGCUGGAGGAAAAGACUGAACAGCUGAUAGAUACCAAAAAUGAAGUUGAUCGACUAAACUUGGAUCUGCAGAAGUUAAAGCAAGAGAAUAUUCAGCUGACAGCAGACGCCCGCUCUUUGAGAGCCUAUCGAGACGAGCUGGACUCCUUCCGAGAGAAGGCCUCCAGAGUGGACAAGCUGGAGACUGAGCUUGCCCGCUGUAAGGAGAGGCUACAUGACGUUCAUUUCUACAAGGCUCGCAUGGAGGAGCUGCGUGAAGACAACAUCACCCUGAUAGAGACCAAAACAAUGCUGGAGGAACAGUUGACGUUGGCAAGAAGUCGCUGUGAUAAACUGCAUGAGCUAGAGAAGGAAAACCUGCAGCUCAGAUCUAAACUCCAUGACAUAGAAUUAGAUCGUGACACCGAUAAGAAGCGAAUCGAAGAGCUUUCAGAGGAGAACAUGGUGCUGGAGAUUGCGCAGAAACAGAGCAUGAACGAGUCGGCACAUUUGGGAUGGGAACUUGAGCAGAUGUCUAGAAGCACUGAUGGAAAUGAUGCACGUAAGUCAUUUGUAUUCGAGUUGAACGAGUCUGCAUCAAGUCGCAUCCUAAAGCUGGAGAAAGAGAACCAGGGUCUGCUGAACACAAUCCAGGAGCUCCGGGACACCUCACUCACCCUGGAGGAGGGCAACCUGCGCAGUCUCGAGCUUGUAAAGGAGAACCAGCAGCUUGGCAAAAAGAUAGAGAAGCUUCAGUCCCAGCUAGACCAGGAGAAGCAGACAAACCAGGACAUGGAGACUCUGGUAGAGGAGCUGCUGAAGGAGAAGCAGAAGCUCAUGAAAAAUAUGGAGACCAUGCGGGGUGAAAAAGACAGACAGAUUUCAGAACUUGAACAUGAGAAUGACCACCUGAACCAGACCGUGACCUCGUUACGGCAGAGAGCUGAGAUCGGCUCUGAGGCGAGAGUGAAGGAUGUGGAGAAGGAGAACCGAAUCCUCCAUGAGACUAUAACAGACACAGGCAGCAAGCUGACACAGCUGGAGUUCGAGAAGAAGCAGGUCUGCAAAGAGCUGGUUCAGCUCAAGGAGAAGGUACAGAUCUCUGAGGAGUUGGAAAAAGAGGUGCACAAGCUAGAACGCACCAACGAGCAGCUGCAGAAGAAGCUGGCGUCCCUGACAAUCACCUGCGACAAAAUUGAAGCUCUCGAGCAGGAGAACUGCACCCUAGAGAUGGAAAAUAGGAAGCUGAAGAAAUUAGCGGACAAUGCACACAAUGCAGCACUCAGGAUUGAAACCAUGGAGAAAGACAACCACCAGCUGGAAGAGGAGAACCUAGAGAUGAGGAGGACAGUGGAAACUCUAAAGUUCACAAGCAGUAAGUUGGCCCAGAUGGAACUGGAAAAUAAGGAGCUGGAGAAGGAGAAAGAGGAGCUAGCCAGAAACAUGGACAUGAUUAAAGCCCUUUCCAAGAAAUCUGAACGGUUGGAGGUCAGCUACCAGGCCCUGGACUCGGAGAACCAGAGGCUCCAGCAGACUCUGGAGAAUAGCAACAAGAAAAUCCAGCACCUGGAAAAGGAGGUGCAUGACACAGAGAAGGAGAACCAGCAACUCCAGAAGAGCCUAGAAGAGCUUAGGAUCUCCACCAAGCAUCUGGAGAAACUGGAGCGGGAUAACCGUGGGCUGGAGCAGGAGGUGACUCAGCUGGAGAAAGACAAGAAGCAGCUGGAGAAGGAAGCAAAGCGGCUGUGGCAGCAGGUGGAAGUGAAGGAGGCAGCAUUGGAGGAGAGUGGGCUUGCAGUCGCCACCCUAGAGAAGGAGAGUAAGACACUAGAGAAGGAGAUGAGCAAGUUAAAAGAAGCUUCCAACAAGGCCAGGGAGGUGGAGAGGGAGAACAAGGACUUGCAGAAGCAAGCCACCAUUGACAAGCGGACACUAGCCACACUGAGAGAGGACCUGGUUCAUGAAAAGCUGAAGUGCCAGCAGCAGUCCAAUGAGCUGGAGAAGCUGAACCAGGAGCUGGAGAAGAUCGGCCUCAACAAGGAGAAGCUCCUACAAGAGGAGCACAGCAGUGAUGACAAUAAAUAUAAGAUCCUGGAGACGAAGAUCGAUUCAACAUUACAGAAAACACUAGAGAUUAAAGAGGAGAAGAUCCAAUCCUUGGAGUCACGGCUUGAAGAGUCAUCCAGCCUGAACCAACAGCUCCGACGUGAACUGACCUCGGUGAAAAAGAACUUGGAAGCAAUGAAGCAAAGACAGGAGGAAGAAGCAUACCACUUGAAUUCGGCUAAACGCUCUCCGGAGAAACAGCCCCCGAACAGCCAGAACAAGAAGUGGGAGACGGAGCACCGUGAGACCACCAUGGAGCUGCUGAAGGUGAAGGACAGAGUCAUCGACACCGAGAAAUGCAACGCUGCCCUCCAGGCUGAGAAACAUCUGCUGAAGGAGCAGCUCAAACAGCUGGAUAGCCAGAACAACUUGCUGAACAGUCAGAUUGUAGCACUUCAGAGACAGGCUGCUUCCUUACAGGAGCACAACACUGCCUUGCAGACACAGACGGCCAAGCUCCAGGUGGAAAACUCAACACUGAAUUCUCAGAGUGCCUCUUUGAUGGCCCAGAAUGCCAUGCUCCAGAGCCAGCAGUCGUCGAUGGAGACAGAAGCUGAAAACGUGGUGAAGCAGAAAGAGGAGCUGAAGGCUGCCCACGAGUCCCUGCUCCAGGACCACGAGCGGUUCAUGACCCUACACGAGCGGCAGUCUGUAGAGUAUGAAACACUAAUCAGCCAGCAUGGCAGCUUGAAAAUGACACACAAAGCCUUGGAGCAUGAAUACAGGGAUUUGAAUGUCAGAUAUAGCGUUCUGUUGAGGCAGAAGGCAGCUAUGGAAGAACUGGAAAUGGCCUUAAAAAGUGAGAGAGAGAACCUGGCAAUGGAGAAGCAGAAAAACACACUCCUGUUGGGAGAGAACAACAACCUGAAGGAAGAAAUCGACAGGUUUACAUUCAUGCACAGACAGCUGCAAGAGGAGUGGGCUGGGCUGCAGCUGCACACCAAGGAGCUGAAGACCAUGCUGAACAACGGCCAGCUGGACCUGAACCGCUGGCAGGCUCGCUACGACGAGCUAAAAGAGCAGAACCAGAACCUGGACAUCUCCCUCACAAAGCUGGACAACCACUGUGAGCUGCUGAAUUGUCUGAAAGGGAACCUAGAGGAGGAGAACCACCACCUGCUGAGUCAGAUCCAGAUGCUAAGCCAGCAGAACCAGACGCUGAUGGAGAGGACCAUGGAGAGCAAGGAGCUCUACCACGAGGAGCAGAAACAGUACAUUGACAAAUUAAAUACCCUUCGACGACAAAAAGAGAAACUGGAAGAGAAGAUAAUGGACCAGUACAAAUUCUAUGAUCCGGCUCCUAAAAAGAAAAAUAACUGGGUUGGUGCGAAAGCUCUAGUGAAACUGAUAAAGCCAAAGAAAGACGGUUCACGAGAACGGCCCAUGUCUACCCCAGAGAGCCUGGCACAGCCAUUGGACUACCCGGAGGGACUGCCACCCCUUCCCCCACCCCCGCUGCCCCCUAGGCUCUCUCAACUCAGCGUGGACAACAACUUGCUGGGCUCUCACUCCCUGGAGGAGAACCACAACCACAGCCCCACCACCAGAGCCUUAAAUGACAGUGGUCUCAGACUAAGAGACACAUACAGGAGUGCAGGAAGUAAUGAGAACAUGGAGAGCCCAGAAGCUGUUGCUAGGCGACGACGCAUGGAGCUGGGAUCCAUGGCCUACUCUACCUCAGCCAUCCACAUGAGUGCUUCAAGUUCUACUCCUAUCCCUGGCUCCAGGCAAACUCUGAGGCCUAAAGGUUUUAUCUCGGAUGACGAUCUUCGCUUGCAGUCGCUUGAUGCAGUGUUUGCCAACAGUAAUAAUGGAAACCAAGCAUAUAGACCAAAUGCUUUAGACCACAGUCGAAAUACCUCCAACAGCAGCUCUCCUGUCAACUCCAAAGGUUCUUGUGAUCGGAUCCAGGGGAGGUCGGUAAGCCUGUCCAGCGAUGAAGUGAUUCCAGGGCACGAGAUGGCCAUCCUCCCCAGAGAAGGCUGUCUCCACCGCUCUGGAUCAGCUUAUGUCUCAAGCAGCAAGCAGGAGCCUGGACUGUGUGUGAACGGACUGGCUUCCAAUGACACACCCCAGAAGGGUGCUCCCAGUCAUCCCCAGGGCAGAGCUCGACCAAGGCUAGGAUCCCCCAGCGGCGAGCUGGUCACGUUGGAAGAGUUCUUGCAGGAGAGCAACAACUUAUCACCGCCCACUGUUCAGACAAACAGCCGAGAGGAUCUGAUGAGCGACUACUUCAAGAAAAUCAACGAGUCCCCUAUCAUCGUGAAGCAGAGCGCCCUGAAGGAUGUUGCCAAGAUGCCCACAAAUUAUGUCAUGCCAACUAUCAAAGCGGCUCCUGCCGAUUCAUUGGAUGGGCGAUCAAAACCCGGGCAGACCGUCAAACCCAGCAUCCGCCCCCCAGAGCCUCAGCCUCAAAUCCCAAGCAACGCUGCUUCCGUACGGCAAACGCAAACUCUGCCAACCAGGUCACGGCAGGCAGAACGGUUGGCACAGACGCAGCAGCAACCUGGCACGAGAGGUGUCACCGGUAACCUGAGCCGUACGUUCAGCUUGGCAUCUGCCGACCUCCUCAGAUCCAAUGGGCCAGACAAUUGCAGGCAGGAGAGAUCGCCCAAACCUGCCGCAGAACAUAACCCCAGUCCCGGGAUCAUUGUCAGGAGGCAGGCAACAGUUGCCCAGGAGCGGCCCCAAUCCACCAGGCUGUCAGGGUCCUCUUCUCAGGGUAGCGAGCUUCAUUACCGCACUGUGGAUCCCAGGCGGCUUUCUCUAGCUCCUCCCAAGGAUGACCCAAGGCCACUAUCUCCCCAACAACAUCCCCAGCACCGGUCCUCCACACUCUCUUUUUCUGGUUCUGUAAACAACCCCAAUGUAGCUCGCGCACAAGCAGAGCGGUACGGCGCUACCGGUUCACCGCACUACUGCCCGGCACAGCAAGGGCCAUCUAGAUCUGUGCCACAGCAGCCACCAGUACAGUCUGUUUCCCAGCAUCGUGGAGAGGUGGCAAUGGUGACACCAGUCAGGGCUGUACCCCCCCCAAAAGAGGAAGAAGUGAUCGUGGAGCAAAAGCAGAUGGAUACGUCUAUUUCAAAAAGCCUGGCCAAGUCACCCGAGAGAGGUAGCAGCACUGAGGGUCCCAGCACAGAAGACCUGAAUCCGAGCAACUCCAGCACCCAUAAGAGUACUCCAGCCUCCCCUGACCCCAGCAAUGACCCACAGAGUGUUUGGUAUGAAUACGGCUGCGUGUAAAUGAAAGCUGCUGAAACAAAAUGGGAUUUUCUGUUUAACCGAUGUAAAAUGGUGGUCCAGGGUGAGAAGGGUCAGGCUAUUUAGCAUGUUUAUUGCCACCUCUCCUUGACUUUUCUCCUCAGCAGGAUUUAUUGGGACUGGGAGGCAAACAUUGGUCCCUGUGGCGAUUUAGGUUUCUAAUAUAGUACAGUUUACCUAAGUCCCCAAACCUGCCUCUGACUACACACUAUUGCCUCAUAUCCAGAUGAGAAUCGAACUCCACCUUCCUAAUAUAAAGACAUACAUAAAGGGUACUGCAAAAUAAAUCAACUUGCGCUUAUGCAGUACAGCACUUUCAAAUUUUCCACAGAGGAAACAUCAUAAACCUUUCAUCAUUAUGGCUGACUUGUAUUUCCCCAGUUCAAGUAAAUUCCACCUGUUUUUCAGUAGUAUAUGUGUUUUGUUUUUUUUUCAGUGCAGAACCUACAUCAAUUCACUAUCCUUUCAGCUGUCUGUGGUGUGACUGAAGACUCACCCCAAUGCUCCCUCCUCCUCUUCCUCUUCCUCAUCUGUUGUUAAAUUGAAAAUAUUAACUCACAGGGGGCUAUAUUCUUAAAAUAUAUUAACCUCACAUGUGAUCCUGUUCAUUGCCAACCAAUUAUAAGGUAAUUCAGAAUCUGUAUAGCUCUUUCUCACAAUUGUAUUGCGCAAGAACAUCAUUAUAAAGUAAUGCAUUUAUUAGAAGCGCUGACAUUUAAGGAAUCUACAUUUUAAAAGUAACCAAAUACAAAUUUUACUGUGCAGCCAUGCAUUCUAGAUGUUUCCCUAUUGUUGGUCUGGUAUAAUAACAACUAACUAAAUGAUAUCCAGAGUCCACUUUAUUUCUUACUACUUUUGAAAUCUUUUUACCACAAUUUUCUAUGAUGAUUUCACCAUCCUGUCAUUUAAAGUUUCUACUUUUCUGCUGUAAAUAUAAAACAAAAUCACUCCUGUUACAUCUGUAAAUAUUCCUUUUACUAUGUUGAAUAUUUUGACAGAGAAAACACCAUCUUAUUUAUUAUUCUUUACAAAAUAAUUUACCAGUCUGGUAUAAGGGUUUUUUUGGUUUGUUUUACAGUGGCUUGC